UUGUUCUGUUUGUGUUUUACAGAUAUGGGAAAAUAGUGUCAACCAAGGCCAUACUGGACAAGAACACUAAUCAAUGCAAAGGAUAUGGCUUUGUGGACUUUGACACCCAGACAGCAGCCCAGAAAGCUGUAGCCUCUCUAAAGGCCAGCGGAGUCCAGGCACAGAUGGCCAAGCAACAGGAACAGGAUCCCACUAACCUGUACGUUUCCAACCUGCCUGUGUCCAUGGAUGAGCAGGAGCUGGAGAACAUGCUGAAACCGUUCGGUCACGUCAUCUCAACACGGGUACUACGGGACGCCAACGGGGUCAGCAGAGGAGUCGGCUUCGCCAGGAUGGAGUCAACAGAGAAGUGUGAUGUGGUGAUUCAACAUUUCAACGGAAAGUUUCUGAAGACUCCACCAGGCGUACCAGGUAUGAGGAACAGCUACUCCUUUCUGGGUGUGUUGAGUUCAAAGUGCGUCGAUUU